AUGAUGAUGAUGGAUUAUUGUCAACCUUUGGUAAUAGAUAAUGGAUCAGGUGUAAUGAAAGCAGGAUUUGCAGGACACUCAUCACCAAAUGUUAUGUUUCCAAGUUGUAUUGGGUAUUCUAGAUUCCCAAGUGUUAUAUUAGAAUGUAAUCAGAGAGAUAGUUGGGUGGGAGAGGAUGCGCAACAACGUCGGGGGGUAUUGGCUCUAAAGUAUCCGUUGAGUCAUGGUAUCGUCAAGGAUUGGGAUGCAAUGGAGUUGAUUUGGAAUCAUACAUUCUAUAACGAGUUGAGAACUGCUCCCGAUGAACACGCGGUACAUCUCACAGAGGCACCUCUAAAUCCACACAAGAACCGUGAAAAGAUGUUUGAAAUCAUGUUUGAACAUUUCAAUGUGCCCGCCGUCUACGUUAGCAUACAGUCGGUUGUAUCAUUGUAUGCGUCGGCACUGACAACAGGUGUGGUGAUUGAUUCGGGUGACGGUGUGACACAUACAGUGCCAGUGUACCAAGGUCACACGUAUCCAGCUGCCAUCGAGAGACUGGAUAUUGCCGGACGCGACAUUACUCAUCAUCUGCUCAAACUAUUGACCGAGCGAGGAUACUUGUUUGUGUCAUCGGCCGAGUUCGAGAUUGUGCGUGAUAUAAAGGAGCGGUACGGGUAUGUCGCACUAGACUAUGACAUCGAGAUGGCUAAACAUCCCAAACAUAUAGACCAGACGUAUGUGUUGCCCGAUGGCCAGCACAUCAAUGUUGGCAGUGAACGGUUCCGCUGCGCCGAGGCACUCUUCCAACCACAACACAUCGGAUUAGAGGCACGCGGUAUCCAAGACUGUCUCUAUCAAUCAGUCACAAAGUGUGAUGUCGAUGAGAGUGUGCGACGCCGUCUCUUUAACAAUAUUGUCAUCAGUGGCGGCACGGGCAUGUUCCCCGGUCUCCCCGCACGACUCCAUAAAGAAUUGGUCGAGUUGGCGCCAUCUCCUCUUAAACAAUGUAUCAAGAUUCGCGACACUGCUGGAUUCAGUAGGAUGACAUCCGUGUGGUUGGGUGCGAGUAUACUAAGCAGUCUAUCAUCAUUUCAACAAAUGUGGAUCACACAAGAGGAAUAUGAACAAUAUGGUCCUUCUAUCAUUCAUACUAAAUUAAUUUUAAAGACAACAACCGAUGAAUGGAGGCAAUUCUGGUGUACCAAUGUCUAA